CGAAAUCGAAAGUGUUAGCAUAUCGGAAGUUACUGUAAAAUGAUGCAAAAUUCGAGCUUGGGGUAGUAAUAACUAAGCUUGGUCAGGUUAGGGAUGUUACUGUGGAGGCUUAGUUCUUCGUAAACGAUUUUAGAUAAUGGCUCACCGGUUGCUGACAACUGCAAGAAAGUUGGAAAAGUUGCUGUGGAAUGGAAUUAGACGUGGCGAUAUUAACAACUCAAUGUUGAAGAGGAACCUUUCAAUACUGCAGAAAUCGGCAAACUCUCCUAGUUUGGCAACAAUCAUACGGGAAUGGCAAUUGAUUUGUGAAAGACCUCCAAAGGGUUUUGAGAAGUUUUUCAAACCAGGUACUGGCAAACAAUCAUCAAAAAAUGGAAAACCGAAGGAAGAUGUUCCAAAAGAGGCACAGCAGCCACCACCUUCGAGAGGAACUAGUCAGCCUCCACCCAAGUCUACCCAGAGGCCGUAUGAUCAGUGGUCAUUUGGGAUGUUUGGAGGUCAGUCCAGGGGUACUGGCCCAGGAGGUGGAAAGCCAUUUGGUGAUGGAGGAGAUCGUGAGAAAUGGCUUGUACUUGGCAUGAUAGGCACUGUGGCUCUUCUUGGAACCCUAGCAUUUUAUGAGAUGGGUUAUAAGGAAAUAGCCUGGAAAGAAUUUGUCAACAAUUACCUUGCAAAGGGAAUUGUGGAAAAACUUGAAGUUGUCAAUAAGAAGUGGGUCCGUGUACGUUUAAUGCCAGGAAACACAGUGGAUGGCUCAAGUGUGCUCUGGUUCAACAUUGGCAGUGUUGAUUCAUUUGAAAGAAACCUUGAAAAUGCACAAAUUGAAAUGAAUAUUGAACCACCAAACUUUGUUCCAGUAAUAUAUAAGACUGAACUGGAAGCUGCAAGCCUUACAGGCAUUCUUCCCACUUUAAUGAUAAUAGGAUUCUUGAUUUAUAUGAUGCGAAGAUCAGCUGAAGUGAUGGGAGGACGUAGCGGCCGGAAAGGUGGUGGCUUGUUUGGUGGUGUUAUGGAAUCAACUGCCAAAUUAAUAAACUCGAGUGACAUUGGAGUGAGAUUUAAGGAUGUUGCCGGGUGUGAAGAAGCUAAACUGGAGAUAAUGGAGUUCGUUAAUUUUCUCAAGAAUCCUCAGCAGUACAUUGAUUUAGGAGCUAAAAUCCCCAAAGGUGCAAUAUUAACAGGUCCUCCAGGAACUGGCAAAACGUUACUUGCAAAGGCAACUGCUGGUGAAGCAAAUGUGCCUUUCAUAACAGUUUCAGGUUCUGAAUUCCUUGAAAUGUUUGUGGGAGUUGGCCCGUCUCGGGUCAGAGACAUGUUUGCUAUGGCACGAAAACAUGCACCUUGCAUUCUAUUUAUUGACGAAAUUGAUGCAGUUGGUAGAAAAAGAGGUGGUCGUGCCUUUGGUGGCCAUUCAGAACAAGAAAAUACUCUGAACCAGCUGCUGGUUGAAAUGGACGGAUUUAAUACAACUACUAAUGUGGUUGUGCUCGCUGCAACAAAUCGUGUUGAUAUACUAGACAAAGCAUUGUUGCGACCUGGUAGAUUUGACAGACAGAUAUUUGUUCCUGCUCCAGACAUUAAAGGAAGAGCAUCAAUAUUUAAAGUACAUUUACAGCCUUUAAAAACUAGUUUAGACAAGACUGAUCUGGCAAGGAAAAUGGCAGCCUUAACACCAGGUUUUACUGGUGCCGACAUUGCUAAUGUUUGUAAUGAGGCUGCGUUGAUUGCUGCUCGUGAUCUGAGUGAAUCUAUAUCAAUGAAAAACUUUGAACAAGCUAUUGAGAGAGUUGUAGCGGGAAUGGAGAAAAAAACUAAUGUCCUUCAGCCUGAAGAGAAGAAGACCGUUGCAUAUCAUGAAGCAGGGCAUGCUGUAGCUGGAUGGUUUCUUGAGAAUGCUGAUCCUUUAUUGAAGGUCUCCAUCAUUCCUCGAGGUAAAGGAUUAGGAUAUGCCCAGUAUCUCCCUAAGGAACAAUAUCUUUAUAGCAAAGAACAGCUGUUUGAUCGAAUGUGUAUGACUUUGGGAGGAAGAGUAUCAGAAGAAAUUUUCUUUGGCCGAAUUACAACUGGUGCUCAGGAUGAUCUCAAGAAAGUAACACAGAGUGCAUAUGCCCAGGUUGUGCAUUUUGGAAUGAAUGAAAAGCUAGGAAAUAUAAGUUUUGACAUGCCUCAACCUGGAGAGAUGGUUUUGGAGAAGCCAUAUUCAGAGAAAACUGCUCAGCUGAUUGAUUCUGAGGUUCGUCAAUUGAUACAGAGCGCUUACGAACGUACAACUUCGUUACUUACUGAUCAUAAAGAUGAUGUCCGAAAGGUUGCAGAACGCCUGUUAAAAAAAGAAAUUUUAAGUCGGGAUGAUAUGAUUGAAUUGCUUGGGGCGCGACCGUUCCCUGAAAAGUCAACAUAUGAAGAAUUUGUUGAAGGAACGGGGUCAUUUGAAGAAGACACGACUUUACCAGAGGGUCUUCGUGAAUGGAAUAAAAGCAGAGAGCAAGAUGGAAAUACUGACAGUGGAAAAAGUGAAGAAGAUCUUAAGGGCAAAAGUACGGCAAUGAAAAUCAGUUCAGCAUAAGAUACUAUGUAGAACUCAUCGAGUACUAGUCGCUGGCACCCUCAUAAGCGAGUGAACCUGACUCAUAGGAUGCCUCUGCGAGUUACAGUUAAUCAACAUACCAAAUUGCAUUGUCUUCAAAGAGUGCCAGUUGAUGAGCCGGACAUAAGUGGCAUUUCAUCAUCAGUAAACUGGUCUGAGCAUUUUAAAAAUGCUCUUUUUCUAUGCCAUUUGCAUCAGUCUGCACAUUUUAUAUAUGUGUUGUAUCUGUUAAAACUUUUUUAUUUUAUUUUUAAUUGCUGCCAGUUCAACUGAGGAAUACUUUUGUAAAACAUUGCUGAAGAACCUAUGUAUUCAAAAUGUUUCUGAAAUACAAAUCAGUAUUUAUGAUUCAGCAGAAAUACAGAAGUAUUUGUAAAGUU